AUGAAGCUGCUUCAACUUCUGUUCAGCGUUGUGGCUGUGGUUGUCGCUCUUCCUCAGCCGGAGUCGAGCCAAAUUGAAUCACGUGGUGUGUCGUUUGCUUGGGGAUCGCAGAAGGUAAAAGGAGUGAGUCUGGGAGGAUGGCUUGUUCUGGAGGGGCAGGUGGUCGAAGCUCUGAAGCGGCUGAAGAAUCAUUGGAAUACAUGGGUUACACUUGCAGAUUUCCAGAAAAUCCAAAAAGCCGGCUUCAAUGUCGCCCGCCAGACAGGCCUCAAAAUAAUCAUCGAUCUCCACGGGGCACCGAAGUCCCAAAACGGCUGGGAACAUUCGGGCCACACACUCCCUCGACCUGGAUGGGGAGACGCUCAAUCCGUCGCCUGGACACUGCAAGUCUUGACGUCGAUCUCCAAGUAUGCGAAGCCGCAAUAUCAAGAUGUCGUAGUCGCCAUCAAGCUCCUCAAUGAGCCACUCCUCUCAAGUCUCGAUCCAAACACAGUCCGCAACUUCUACACUUCAGGCCACAACCUCAUCCGCCGCGUCUCCGACACUCCAGUUCUGCUUCACGACGGUUUCUGGGACCCUGCGUACUGGAACGGUUUCUUAUCUUGGCCAGCAGCCUAUACUGUAAUUCUCGAUCACCACGAAUACCAAAUCUUCGAUUCGUAUUUAAACAGCAUGUCACUAGCUCAACACCGAUCUCAAGUCUGCUUCUCCACAAAAGCCUUCGCAGACACCGACAAAUUGCAGGUAGUCGGCGAAUGGUCCGCCGCUCUUACCGACUGCGCACCGUGGGUCAACGGCCGCUUCACCGGCCACCGUUUCGAUGGCUCGUUCCCGGGAUCUUGGCACAUAGGUUCUUGUGCGGGGAGAGGCGAUGUGAGGACGUGGAGCCAGGCGAUGAAGAAUGAUUACCGCAUGUAUAUUGAGGCGCAGAUGGAUAGCUAUGAGGCCAAGACUCAAGGGUGGAUCUUUUGGAACUUCAAGACAGAAGGGGGUGCGGAUGAGUGGGAUUUGUUUAAGUUGCUUGGGGCCGGGGUCUUCCCGCAGCCGUUGAUUGCGAGGGCGUUUCCGAGGAAUGUGUGUCGUUGAUGCAACUUGUAUGUUCAGCCAAGCGUCCGCUAUUCUGGGUCGAGAGUACUGAGGCCAUUAGCGGGCUAGCGGACAAAUCCGAGAAGCGAAAAG